CCCGCGCCAUCGCCCACGUCUGCGCGCGCCGCUUUUCUCACUCGUACUCCGAUCAGCACCGCCACGCCAUGCGCCCCCUCGCCGUCGCCGACCUCAACCCUGCCGUCCUCAACGUGCAGUAUGCCGUCCGUGGCGAGCUCGCCAUAAAGGCCGACGAGCUGAACGAGCGGCUGCGCUCCCAGGAGCACAGGGACAAGCUCCCGUUCAGCAAGGUCAUCUCGAGCAACAUCGGCAACCCGCAGCAAAAGGGGCUGGACCAGCCGCCGAUCACGUUCACGAGACAGACUUCCAAUCCAGCAGACCGUGCGUCCCCUGCCUUGUGCUCGCAGUGCCAUUCCGAUGGCUCAAAAGCGCGGGAUUCAGUCUCAUACUCUAUAACGGAAGGAUGUUUCACAUUGUAUGCGCGAAAUAUGAUCGAAGGACUCGUUGUGCUGACAUGUGUCGCAGCAUUGAUGGAAUACCCGCCAUUGAUCGACAUCGUCAAGGACAAGUGGCCAUCGGACGUGAUUGAGCGCGCACAGCAGCUCCAGGCGGAAAUCGGCUCCAUCGGAGCGUACUCACACAGCAAGGGCAUCCCGCUCAUCCGCAAACACGUCGCACAGUUUAUCGAAGAGCGCGACGGGUUCCCGAGCGACCCCGAGGACAUCUUCCUGACUGCCGGCGCGUCCGCGGGCGUGUCGCUUCUGCUCAACGUCCUCAUCACGCCGCACAAGACCGGCAUUCUGAUCCCGAUCCCCCAGUACCCGCUCUACACCGCGACGCUCGCGCAGUACUCGGGCGUCCCGCUGCCGUACCACCUCUCGGAGACGGACGGCUGGUCGACGUCGCUCGAGGAGAUCCGCGCGGCGCUCACGAAGGCGGAGGCGGACGGCACGGGCGUGCUGCCGCGCGCGCUGGUCGUGAUCAACCCGGGCAACCCGACCGGCGCGCUGCUCGACGAGAAGACGAUGGAGGAGCUCGUGUGGCUGUGCGAGGAGCACUCGCUCGUGCUGCUCGCGGACGAGGUGUACCAGGACAACCUGCACCGGCGCGCGGCGCACCCGUUCCACUCGUUCAAGCAGACCGUGCGGCGGCUGCGCUCGCCGGUCCCGCUGAUCUCGUUCCACUCCAUCUCCAAGGGCGUCUUCGGCGAGUGCGGGCGGCGCGGGGGCUACUUCGAGUGCUGCAACGUCGCGCCGGACGUGCGCGCGCUGCUGUACAAGAUGGUGAGCGUCGGGCUGUGCCCGCCGCUGUCGGGGCAGAUCGGCGUCGACUGCCUCGUGCGCCCGCCGCGCGCCGGGGAGCCGUCGCACGCGCGGUGGAAGGCGGAGACGGACGCGAUCCACGCGGCGCUCGCGCAGCGCACCGCGCUGAUGGCGGCGCGGCUGAACGCGCUGCCGGGGGUGUCGUGCGUGGACUCGCCGGGGGCGCUGUACCUGUACCCGAAGCUGGAGCUGCCGGCGGGCGCGGUGGAGGCGGCGCGGAAGGCGGGCAAGGAGGCGGACACGCUGUAUGCGCUGGAGCUGCUGGAGGAGACGGGGAUCUGCGUCGUGCCCGGGAGCGGGUUUGGGCAGAAGGAGGGCGAGCACCACUAUCGGCUGACGUGUCUGUGCCCGGGCGUGGAGGAGUAUGUGGGCAUGCUGGAGAAGUUCCAUGUGGGGUUCUUGAAGCGGUAUGGAAGCAGUGCGUGAUGUGCUAGAGUUGGUUACAUUGUUGCUUGGGAUAUAGCUGUACAUACUAAUAGUGUCGUGCGCAAACAUAGAGCAAGCAGUGAAUAGCUGAGCAA